AUGGCUGCCGGUGAAAAUCGCUUCGCGCCGGAGUUAAAUGAAAAAGAAGACCUUGAACUGUUACAAAACGCAACACCAGGGAGCACAAAGAAAGCCACAAAGUAUGGCAUGAAAAUAUUUCAAGGUAGCAACUUCAAAACUUUAUUUUGACAAUUUAAGCAUCUGUGUUUAUAGCUUAAUAACGCGAAUCAAAACAAUGCAAGUUGAGACAAUUUACAAAUUAAUUAAGUUAAUUGGUUACAUUUCACUAACCUUGUCAGACUGGCUUUUGACUUCGGGGAACACAUUUAGUGUUACACCAAUCGAAGAAAUGAAUAAAGAGGAACUCAAUGCUUGCCUAAAAAGUUUUUAUACAUCCGCAAGAAAACAAGAUGGUCAAUUUUACAAGUCAUCCUCCUUGAAGGCAAUUCGUGCAGCCAUUGACAGGUAUCUUCGCAUGCCUCCACACUCCAAACAGUUUUCUAUCGUUGCCGACCCUGCUUUUACCGAAGCAAACAAGAUCUUAGACGCAUUUGUCAAGGACCUAAGAAAAUCUGGAAAAAAUAGUGGUAUUGUGCAUAAAAAGGCCAUCUCGAAACAGCAAGUUGAGAAGCUCUUCCAAAGCGGUGAACUUGGUCCGGCAGACACCAAAGAUCCAGCACAGCUUCAAAGAACAGCGUGGUUCUACCUUGGCAUAUACUUCGGAAGACGUGGCAGAGAAAACCAGCGAGAUAUGAAACCUGCUAUGCUUGCCCUCAGAGCCACUCCACAAGGAGAAGAGUAUUUUGAGCUCAACAGAGAGUUUCCAGGCUCGUUGCCAGCGACGAAAAACCAUCAAGGUGGCCUUUCCGAUGCCGAAGAUGAGUCGGACGCGAAAAUAUUUGCUUCGCCAGAAUCUGCCAAAUGCCCGGUGAAAACCAUAAAAAAUUACUUGUCUCACUUGAAUCCUAAGUUAGAUUGCCUUUUUCAGCGUCCACGGGAAAAAGCAAGAAGCUUUAAUCCUGACGAAGAUAAAGUGUGGUACUACAAUUCGCCACUUGGAGUCAACAGUCUAGAUUCGAUGUUGAAGUUAAUGAGCUCUCGAGCAGGGAUCCAGCCUCACCUCACGAAUAAUUGCCUCAGGGCAACUUCGGUGACGUCUGUGAGACGAGGCACAUUAAAUCAGUCACCGGCCACAAGUCCGACCAUUCAAUCGAAAGUUAUAACGAUCGACCUUCCCUCGACCAGCAAAAGAAGAUGUCGGAAGCGCUCAACUCCUUCCUUCAUGGCCACGAAGCCACUUCAGUUGACAAAGAAAACACAGCGGGACGGCAGCUGGACUUACAGGCUACAAGCUCAUCCACCACGGCAAUUCAAGCAUCCCCAGCGUCAGUUCUCGUCCAGCAUAAUCAAGUGGCGGUUUCCAACAACAUGCAUGAAAACUACGCACAUGGCGAGCAAGGGCUGCAUCGCUUUCCUCCCCAGUUUAACUUUUACAACUGCA